AUGACAGGACUUAUCGCAAGGGAAUUGGCUAGAUAUAACAUCGACAUUACCGCCAUAAGUGAAACACAUCUUAGUGACUCUGGACAGUUAUGUGAACCGCUCGGAGGUUAUACCUACUACUGGAGUGGAAAAUCAUCCACUGAAAGGGCGGAAAGUGGGGUAGGCUUUGCCAUACGCGAUAAAUUGGCAUGCCCACUAACAGAACUCCUAAAAGGUAUCAGUGACAGAAUAAUAACACUCAGACUUCACCUGGCAUCCAAGAAAUAUCUUCACCUGAUCAAUGUAUAUGCACCUACAUUGCCAUCUCCGGAUGAAGAGAAGAACAAGUUCUACCAAGACCUCCGACAUGUCCUUAGGGAUAUUCCUUCUGCAGAUAAACUUCUGUUACUUGGUGAUUUUAAUGCUCGUGUUGGGAAUGAUUUCAGUGCUUGGAAUGGAGUCCUCGGUCGCCAGGGGAUUGGAAAAUGCAACUCGAAUGGUUUGGAUCUUCUAACUCUAUGUGCCGAGUUUGAACUCUGUCUGACAAAUACAUAUUUUCGUCUGCCUGAAAAAUAUAAAACGACAUGGAUGCAUCCGCGAUCUAAACACUGGCACCUUCUGGAUUAUGUGAUAGUAUGGAAAAAAGAUCUUGGUGACGUACUGGUCACACGUGCAAUGAGAGGCGCUCAGGGAUGGACAGACCAUCGACUCGUGAGGUCCAAAUUAAAGAUAACUUUGAAGGCACCACGCCGAGCUUCACACAAAAUACCAACAAAAUUGUCCUGCCAAAUCUUGGCCAAUGAUCAGACUAUGAGAGCAAAACUGGAUGAAAAAUUUGGUGUCGAUGGCCUUUUGAUAUCUGAAUCUGCCCCUGUAGAUGAGCAGUGGAGUGCAUACGCUAGCAGACUGCGUGGCUGUGCUUCAGAAGUCUUGGGAAAGCCUCAGAAGAAGCACCAGGACUGGUUUGACGACUCAGAUCCAGAGAUCAGAAAGCUAAUUAAUGAUUUCAGAACCUCUCUUCGCACCCCUGAUGAUAACAAGCGUAGAGCAGCGCAUUACAAUCUGAAAGUGAAGGUACGUGCUCUCAAAGACAGUUGGUGGGCAAAUAAAGCAAAUGAAAUACAGCUAUAUGCCGACACACACCAAACGGGCAGAUUCUUUGAGUCCCUGAAAACUAUCUUUGGUCCAAGAGUUGGGAAGAUAGCACCAGUCUAUAACAAAGAUAAAAGUUGUCGGCUGACGCAACAGAGUGACAUCCUGUCUCGGUGGGCGAAACAUUUUAAUGAAAUUCUUAAUCCUGACCAUCAGACAACCGAUAUUCCAUACAUAGAAGCACUUGAAGACCUGCCAGUUGAGGAACAACUUGCGGAUGCCCCUUCCUACAAUGAAUUCAUUUCAGCACUGGCUAAGCUGAAAAAUGACAAAACAGCAGGAUUAGAUAACUUGCCAUCAGAGCUAUAUGAAUAUGGGGGGCCAAACAUCAAGAAACCAUUGUUUGCUCUGAUCUUAAGGAUUUGGGAGUAUGAAAUGAUUCCACAAGACUGGAAAGAUGCUUGUAUUUCCAAGAUCUAUAAAGGCAAGGGUGACAUAUCAGACUGCAGCUCCCACAGGGGCAUUUCUCUUCUGUCAGCAGCGGGAAAAGUCCUUGCCCACAUAGUUAACACCUGCACAGUGGCAGAAGCACCCACCCAGUACACGCUGUCUGAGGCGAGUGGCAGCAGCAUCAGCUCCGGCUGUGUAAUGGCACCAGACCUGUCAGUCCUAUGCAGCCGACACUUUGAAAGUGUGCCUCAGUUACUGGGUAUAUUCUGUGCAGGCUUGUCUGCAACACUAAGAUACAUCCAGUUGUCACGUGCACACUUGAGAUGCCCGAAUGCUGUUCUGUCACUCGUGCUCUGA